GGCCGUCGUCUAGCUCCGGGAGGCGGCAACCGCUCCUUGUCAGCCCUUCUCGGUUGUAGGGGCCAGCUGCGCCCUCGGUUCUCUGGUGACCAUGGGGGACCCCAGCAAGCAGGACAUCCUCACCAUCUUCAAGCGCCUCCGCUCGGUGCCCACCAACAAGGUGUGUUUUGAUUGCGGUGCCAAAAACCCCAGCUGGGCCAGCAUAACCUAUGGGGUGUUUCUUUGCAUCGACUGCUCAGGCUCCCACCGGUCACUUGGUGUCCACUUGAGCUUUAUUCGAUCUACGGAGUUGGAUUCGAACUGGUCUUGGUUUCAGCUGCGAUGCAUGCAAGUUGGUGGAAAUGCUAACGCAUCCUCCUUCUUCCAUCAACACGGGUGUGACACCAGCGACACCAAUGCCAAGUACAACAGCCGUGCGGCCCAGCUCUACAAGGAGAGAAUCAAGUGGCUGGCCUCCCAGGCGACGCGGAAGCACGGCACUGACCUGUGGCUUGACAGCUGUGCAGCUCCAGGUCUGUCCCCUACACCAAAGGAGGAAGAUUUCUUUGCCACCCAUACUUCUGCUGAGGUGAGUAGCACAGAGUGGCCGUCAAUACAACCAGAAGCAUCGUCUUUAACACCAAGGAACGUGGAAACCACCCCAGCAAAUAAUGAAGGACCAGCACAAGGACCGAGCGUGGAAGGUCUUAACGUACCAACAAAGGCUGCUUUAGAAGUUUCCUCUAUCAUAAAAAAGAAGCCAAAUCAAGCUAAAAAAGGGCUUGGGGCCAAAAAAGGAAGUUUGGGAGCCCAGAAACUGACGAAUACGUGCUUUAAUGAAAUUGAAAAACAAGCCCAAGCUGUGGAUAAAAUGAAGGCACAGGAAGACCUUCAGGCCAAGGCAGCGCCUAAGGAAGAAUCGAUUGUUUCAUCAUUACGAUUAGCCUAUAAGGAUCUUGAAAUUCAAAUGAAGAAAGAUGAAGAAAAGAUGAACAUGAGUGACAAAAAAAAGAUGGAGUCAGAGAGGCUUGGCAUGGGAUUUGGAAAUUGCAGAAGUGGUAUUUCACAUUCAGUGACUUCAGAUAUGCAAACCAUUGAACAGGAAACACCAGUCAUAGCAAAACCAAGAAAAAAGUACAGUGAUGACCACGAGGAUUCCUAUUUUACUUCCAGCUCAAGGUACUUUGACGAGCCGAUUGGCCUAAGGAGGAGUUCUUUUUCUAGCUGGGAUGACAGUUCAGAUUUCUACUGGAAAAAGGAGACCGUCAAAGACACUGACACCGCUCUGAAAACCACAGGCUAUUCAGACAGACCUACUACUCGCCGCAAGCCAGACUAUGAGCCAGUUGAAAAUACAGAUGAGGCCCAGAAGAAGUUUGGCAACGUCAAAGCCAUUUCGUCAGAUAUGUACUUUGGAAGACAAGCUCAAGCUGAUUAUGAAACCCGGGCUCGACUGGAAAGGCUUUCGGCAAGCUCUUCCAUAAGUUCAGCCGAUCUGUUCGAUGAGCAGAGGAAGCCGAUGGCAGGAAACUACAACCUCACGAACGUGCUGCCCACUGCCCCCGACAUGGCCCAGUUUAAGCAGGGGGUGAGGUCCGUCGCUGGCAAGCUCUCUGUCUUUGCUAAUGGAGUAAUGUCUUCGAUUCAGGAUCGCUACGGUUCUUAAUACUGACGUCAGGAGAUGUGCUUCCUGGAGAAAUUCCUCUUAAAAAACCGGUGGCCACAUGGCAGCCUGCGGUGAAGACCAGCCAGUUUUUCAGAUCGUUCUGCUACCUUUUCACGUGGCACAUACACAUUACUGACUUUUAACAUUUCUUUGGAUGUAGUAGAAGCUUUACUGUCAUUUCCGUUUUGUGUUCCUGCACAUGUGCUCCAUGCAUUUCCUUGCUUUAUUUUCUUGGAAUCUCUAGUUCCAACAUCUGGGGGCAGACACAUGGGCCCCUCCCACCUCUCCGAAGACCAAGGACCAAGAGCCUUUUUGUGGACAGGGUCUCAGCACCUGUGACCCAUGGGCCAAGGGUUACCAGAAUCAGCUGAUGCUUGCUGGGCCUGGAGAAACAAAAUUCACUGCGCACAUUUCAUUAAAAAGGGAGCAAAGAAUAAAAACAGAAGACCAAAAAUGGUGUCUAAUUUGGCAGAUUGCUUCAUUUAUAUUUCCACAUGUUUAGGUACUUUCAAAAUAAUGUUUAAAGUCACCUGUCCCCUUGUAAAUUGUUUAUUUUGUAUGAACUAUAAAUUUAAAAAUAAUUUUCAGCGAGUGCUUUUAACAAACCUCAGCUUCUGCAUUGUCAAGGGAAUUAAUCUUUUGACAAGGUGUUGCUCUUUGAAUUUAUGAGAAAUGUAAAAUGAGAACUCCCUAAGUGCAUUUAUAAAUCGAUAUAGUGUACAGAAUUAAAAAUGAAUAAGGUAAGAAGAUGCACCCACAGAAAAGAUUUCAGGAUAUGGGGAAAUAGUAGUUGUAAUUGGGUAGUUUUGUUAAUAUUUUUUAUCUUAAUCUUGGUUUUCAAAAAAUUAUAGAAUGUGUAUAAAUGAAUAAAGAAAAAUAAUUUGGCUGUGUUUUAGACAGCACUAGAAUAUAUUGUUAGGACAGUAAAAUAUAUUUGAAAUUUGAUGAAUGAGAAAGAUGGUUUCAACUGAAUAUUUUGUGAAUCUUUCUUAAAAGCUCAAAUUUACAGACUUCUAAAUAAACAGUUGCAGUAGA